GAACAACGCGUCUUUUGUAUUCGUGCGUAAGCCAGAACAAGGACCAUUGGGAACGUGUCGGAAAGGAAGCAUAGGCCCAGGGAACAAUGGGAGUUAUAAAGGCCGUGCAGUGCGGGUCGGAGGCGGCUUCCCUUUCUCUCACCCUCCCUUUCCAUCCCAUCCUCCCGUCCCUUGUGUACACACACUCGCAUUGCAUUACGACGCACUCCACGAACCCCACGAAUACACGACCUUGUCUGCUAAUUGCGCUAGCGCACCUCUGUCACACUCAACAAUAUUCUGUAGCAUAAAACAACGAACAUGAACGCACAAGUCCCCCUUACACCUGUUCGUCGACAAUCGCGUACGCGGACUCGGCUUACGUGGUCUCAAUCGCAUUCUCCCCUCUCCCACUCUCCCGCCGCUCCCAUCACCGAUUUCCUCGAUCUCACCGAGCCAGAUUGCCCGAUCACCGUCGAUGAAGCUCCACAAGUCACGGAGCCGAUGUCGAAUGCGAGAAGUGUGAAAGCCAAGCGCCGGCUCGCGGUGCAACUACUCGCUCUCGAUCUGCAAAACUCCCUGGCCGUACCCAGACAUUUGCCAGUUGUGUCCUAUUCUCCAUCUACCGCGUCGUGCUCUGCAGAACCGAGAAGCAUCAGUGUGGGCUCUCCGAUCGACUUGUCCUCUCCUUUCCAUCUCUCCGAGGGGGAUGGGAACUGGAGACUUACGCUUUCUGCCGGGUUUGAAGGCGGUGCGCAGGAAGACGAGGUGUUUGACUUCCCCCGUCCGCCCUCCCUCCGGGACUUGCCAUCGCCAGUAUUGAGCAGCUUCUCCUCAAGCUCUUCCUCUUCGGAGGAUGAAUGUUACAACUACUCAUACAACUCAAGCCCGGCUACAUCGCCUUCGCCGAGCCCUCGCCCCCUCACACGCUGCAAGACGAUCAAACCGCUCGUUAUACGCAAGCGGGGCUUGAAAGCUGCCGGACGGCCGAGCCCUGGUCCGCCGCCGACUCGGGAACUUCCUGAGAUCCCCGACGAGAUAUACAACUUGAACCGGCAUUUCGUGCUGGCGAGCUCACCGGAAACCACCCCGGAGAAGCAGGAUCGGGAAUCGAUGCUUGUCAUGCCCACCGCGCCUCGGCGGAUUGAGCCGUGUUCCAUGUACACCCACUCCCGAUCAUCUUCGACCAACUUCUCUCGGCCUUGCCACGGUGGCGAGGAGCACGAGAUCGCUGCGAACUACUGCGCGUAUGCGCCGUUCCUUGAAGAGUUUACUGGCCCAGACACCUCGAACUUGCUGUCGCACGACCGGUUGCCGCGCGCGUCCAUUCCUGUAGACGUGGAGAGCGAAGAAUGGGAGGAUUGCAACAGUUUACGGUCGCGGUCGAGCUGUGGUGCUCAAAGCGAGCAUGCCGAAACCGACAUCGUCGAGGAACACUGGCCCGCCCCACAAUCCCAAAUCCCCGUCCAGACACUCCGCUCACGGUGGUCAGCAUCAACCCUGUCCUCUGUCAAGUCGACUCCGACCGCUGUCUCCUCGCCCAAGACCUUCUCUUUUGCCAAACGGUACUUUCCCCGAGGCUCCAAGCCCCCAACGCCAUCGACGAAUUCGAAGACGGCAUCACUCCUCGCGUAUUGCCCACUGCUGCAGCCCACACGGCUGUCCUUGGAAGAGCCGUCCCCCACCAAGAGCCUGAAGCCUAUGGGCGGGAUUGUUGUACUCAACAACAGACCGAGCAAGGCGCAGCGUGUGUUGGGUAUGGAGGUCGAGGAGCCGCACCGGACGUGGUACAACGACUACCGUGGGAGGAGAGAGCACGGCGGGGAGCUCAGGACGCCCGCUGAGAUGCUUUUUUUGCCAUGAAUGUUUGCAAGGACUGUUUAUGAACACCGUUUCGCCAUUUCAUCCAUCUACUUACAUACACUACUCACGCUAUACGCCACUAAUUUGCUGUACUCUCCCCCUCCCCUCGUUCACACUCAAUUUUGUAGCUUUACAUUGUAUUGUAUUCCUCAGUUUACAGCUAUGGCGAUGGUGCCUGCUAUACUUGUCGAA